CUCCAAAAGAGCACUGCUAAAAAUCAAAAAUAUUUGAUCUGGUACACGCACUUUGAAUAUUUUAUAUAAUGGAGUUCAUUUAAGUAUUUGUUUGCAACAAUCUUGAUUACUUGUAUUAUAGAUGAUGUCAUCCAAUCAACAAGGUAAAAAGAAGAGGGCUAGAGAGAGUUCUAGCAUAACAUCGAAGUAUAUUCCUAUAAAAAAUGUCUUAGAAUUAGAAAAUAAGAAAGAGGAAUCAGUUAUAGUACCAGAAAUUACUGACAAGUCAGUCAAAAGUUAUUUAAAGACAUUGAAGCCUACGUAUCAAAGCAAUAAAGAGUCAGUAAUGGUUCAGAUAAUACUAUGUGAUUCUGAAGCAGAUUAUUUUGAAUCUGAUGCAGAUAGAUUAGAGCAAUUAAAGGAGGAAUUUCUGGUUCUUGAUGUAUCUAUAUCGGCAAAACAUCCAGAUUCUAUAGAUAGAUUCAUGUCUAUAACAGGUGAAAGGGAAUCAAUUGCUAGAUUUGCAGUGUUCAUUACAUUUAUAAUAAAUUCAAAGUUCAACACGAUACCGAUCAAAAGAUAUGUGUAUACGUUAAGAUCUACCAACUACCAUUUAAGGUUGUAUUCAACUACACAAUCGAACAUGAAAGAAGAGGCGCACAAACAUAGUACGACUAGAAGAUUGACAGGGAGUUUCCAAGAAUUAUUUAGUGAUAUUAUGAAAUGGUCAACAAAUGUAUCCAGCAAUGUUCCAACAUCAAAAGUUUAUGGCUUUCAUGAUUCAAACCUUCAUGCUAAAGAUUUGUCCGAGAGGAGUGAGACUAAUCACAAGCCUCUUACAUAUAUAUACUCAAAAUAAUUAGUUAAUUUUUAUUCAUGAUGUACUUAAUUUACAAAAUUGUUGUUAAAAAAAU